CGGCCGGCCCACAGCGAGGGGGGCGGGCGGCGGUGAGUAGGCGGCGGCCGGCCGGGCCGGGCCACGCGGGCGGCGGCUGCUCGGGCAGGUCCGGGCAGGGCCGGGCGGGGAGCAGCGAGCCCAGCCGGGACCCCGCGCCGGAGCCCGAGCGCGGACACCGAGGCCGCGGCCCCGCCUCCUCCCCGCCCUGCGCCCGCCGCCCGCGGGUCGGCGCCCGCAGCUCGGAGCGGCGCCGGAGUCGGAGCUGGAGCCGCCGCCGGAAACCGGCCGGAGUCGGGCCCGGGGGUGAAGCCUGAUCCCGGAGGCGCCCGGAGCCUGUCCCGAGCCCCGCGCGGCUCAUGGCGGGGCCGCGGGGCGCGCUGCUGGCCUGGUGCCGCCGCCAGUGCGAGGGCUACGGCGGCGUGGACAUCCGCGACCUGAGCAGCUCCUUCCGGGACGGCCUGGCCUUCUGCGCCAUCCUGCACCGGCACCGGCCCGACCUGCUAGAUUUUGAUUCGCUUUCCAAGGACAAUGUCUUCGAGAAUAACCGUUUGGCCUUUGAAGUGGCUGAGAAGGAGCUGGGGAUUCCCGCUCUCCUGGACCCCAAUGACAUGGUCUCCAUGAGUGUCCCUGACUGCCUCAGCAUCAUGACCUACGUGUCCCAGUAUUACAACCACUUCGCCAGCCCUGGCCAAGCUGGUGUCUCAUCACCUAGAAAGGCCCAGGCACCCUCCUCCCCGCCACCCGAAGCACCUACUGCAGCAGAACCAGAAGACAGGGUUCAGGGUGAGGAGCUGUCAUCGGGCAGCCUGUCAGAGCGGGGCGCCCAGCAGACCCCCAGUAGCACGUGUGCUGCCUGCCAGCAGCACGUGCACCUGGUCCAGCGCUACCUGGCUGAGGGCAAGCUCUACCACCGCCACUGCUUCCGGUGUCGGCGGUGCUCCAGCACCCUGCUCCCCGGAGCUUACAGAAGUGGGCCUGAGGAAGGCACCUUCGUGUGCGCGGCGCACUGUGCCAGGCUGGGCCCGGGGGGGCGGUCGGGGGCCAAGGCCGGGCCCCAUCUGCAGCCAAAGCAGCAGCAGCUUGCAGAAGAAGUCAGGGAUGUGGACGGAGGCGGCACGGGUGGUAACGUGCCCGCAGGGGCUGAGGUGGCUGUCCCCAAGGCCAGCCCCGAGGCCCGGCCCCAGAUCCCCACCAAGCCCCGGCUUCCAGGCAAACCACAGGACCUGGGCAGCGCCCCGGCCGGCCGCCCCACGCCUGCCCCGAGGAAGGCCCCCGAGAGCCCAGCCCUGACACCCCCCACGCCCCGGCCCCGGUCCAGUCUGCAGCACGAGAACUUGGCCGAGCAGGGUAGCAGCAGUGGCCUAGUAAAUGGAAGGCUGCACGAGCCCCCUGUCCCCAAGCCGAGAGGGACGCCCAAGCUGUCAGAGAGGACACCAGCCCCCAGGAAAGACCCCCCAUGGAUCACACUGGUGCAGGCAGAGCCAAAGAAGAAGCCAGCCCCCCUCCCCCCGAGCAGCAGCCCCGGACCUCCGAGCCGGGACGGCAGGCAGGUGGAGAAUGGAGGCGGGGAGGAGGCAGCCCAGCAGAGCCAGGUGACAGGUAGCCCGGAGCCCAAGCCCUACAACCCCUUUGAGGAGGAGGAGGAGGAGGAGGAGGACCCCCCAGCUGCACCCAGCCUGGCCGCUGGCCCUGCCCUGGCCCCGUCGGCCGAGUCCACACCCAAGUCCCUGCACCCCUGGUAUGGCAUCACCCCCACCAGCAGCCCCAAGACGAAGAAGCGCCCUGCCCCCCGCGCGCCCAGCGCGUCCCCACUCGCUCUGCACACUGCCCGCCUGUCACACUCAGAGCCGCCCUCGGCAACUCCGUCACCAGCCCUCAGUGUGGAGAGCCUGUCCUCUGAGAGCUCCAGCCGGACCCCCUCUGGGGAGCUUCUGGAGCCCCCAGUUGUGCCCAAGAGCUCCUCAGAGCCUGCAGUCCAUGCCCCUGGCACCCCUGGGACCUCUGCCAGCCUCUCUGCCGACUCCUCCUCCCUGUCCUCCUCUGGGGAACUGGUGCAGCCCAGCGCAGACCAGACACCUCAGGCCAGCCCUGGCCUUGCCCCCGGUACUAGGGGCAGCCCGGCUCCCCAGCCAGCCAAGCCCUGCAGUGGCGCUGCCCCCACCCCUCUCUUACUGGUUGGAGACAAGAGCCCCGUGCCUUCCCCUGGAACCUCGUCCCCGCAGCUCCAAGUAAAGUCUUCCUGCAAGGAGAACCCUUUUAACCGGAAGGCGUCACCCACAGCAUCCCCAACCACAAAGAAGACCACCAAGGGAUCCAAGCCAGCCAGACCACCUGCCCCAGGACACGGCUUCCCGCUCAUCAAGCGCAAGGUCCAGGCCGACCAGUACAUCCCCGAGGAGGACAUCCACGGAGAGAUGGACACGAUCGAGCGCCAGCUGGAUGCCCUGGAACACCGUGGGGUCCUGCUGGAGGAGAAGCUGCGGGGCGGAGUGACUGAGGGCCGUGAGGACGACAUGCUGGUGGACUGGUUCAAGCUCAUCCACGAGAAGCAUCUGCUGGUGCGGCGGGAGUCUGAGCUCAUCUAUGUUUUCAAGCAGCAGAACCUGGAGCAGCGCCAGGCGGAUGUGGAGUACGAGCUCCGCUGUCUUCUCAACAAGCCAGAAAAGGACUGGACAGAGGAGGACCGGGGCCGAGAGAAGGUGCUGAUGCGGGAGCUCAUGACCCUCAUCGAGCAGCGCAACGCCAUCGUCAACUGCCUGGAUGAGGACCGGCAGAGGGAGGAGGAGGAAGACAAGAUGUUGGAAGCCAUGAUCAGGAGGAAAGAGUUCCAGAAGGAGGCUGAACCCGAGGGCAAGAAGAAGGGGAAGUUCAAGACCAUGAAGGUGCUGAAGCUGCUAGGAAACAAGCGGGAUACCAAGAGCAAGUCCCCAGGGGACAAGAGCUAACAGCGAGGGCAACCAGCUGGGACUUCCACCCCCCCCUGGAGCACGCAGCCCUUGGGCUGUGUUCUGCUGGGGGGGCACCCUGCUUCCCAUCGGGAUCAGUCCCGGGGAAAGAUGACGUCACGGGAGGGGGCCUCUGGGUGACAGCCUCUUCCUCCUCAGGGUCCUCUGGCUGGUCUGGGCCAAAGAAUUUUCUUCCCUCUUCUCGGGGCCGCACGCAGCUGUGGCUCAGCCCUGCCCGGUCUGGUUCUCAUGACUCUAGAGGCUGUGACUGACCCAAGGAGCAAGCAGGGCCCUGGGUCCAGGGAGCGGCGGGGGCUGACCACCCCUGCCUUGCGUCCCACCCACCGCCUGCCGUGACGGGCAGCCCCUGGGUCCCUCUUCCCUUCUGUACCAUGUCCAGAUGGGAUUGUUAGCUGGCAAAGUUCUGACCCGAAGGUCCUUCCACUCACGCGGUCUGCCCGUGGUGGACCUCUGGCCCGGUUCUCCUGCCUUCAGGGCUCUGCUGCUCUUGGCAGGCCGCGAGCCUGGCUUGGCCGCCCUGGCUUCUUCCCGCCCCAGCCCUGGCUCCGAGUCCCCGUUUUCCUUCCAGUGCAGGUGGCCCUGAAUCUGUUUCUCCUCACUCAGGAGCUCUAUUUAUGAAGUCUAAUUAGGUUUGAGCUUGUUACUGUGUCCUCAGACACAAAUGGGCCUGAUGGACAAAUGCCUCCCUCUGUCCCUCAAAGCUCUAGGAGGUGCUUCUCUUGUCCCCCCUCAUUCCAUCGGAAACCUCAGCUCCCAGGAAUGGGGGCUGGGUGGCCGUGCUGGGCUGGGUGGGUGCCCUAGAGCUGAGUCCCCAGGGAGGGCCUCUGGGAGACAGGCCCCAGGGGCAGUUCUGGUCCCCGAGCGUCAGCGGAGGGAGCUGUGCUUCAUGGAGGUGCUAAUCCUGGUUCCUUACCACGCUGUAGUCUGACCCCUCAUUUAGACUUGCCCCCCGCCACCCCAGGGUUGGGGGAUGGUGGGCCCAUCCCUGGGUAUGGUCAUCACCAGUCUGUCUUCUCACACUUGACUGUUGUCCGCUCUCUCCCGACCUGUCCCCCCGAAGGACUGAUAGCCACUCACCCCUCUGAUGGCCACGGGAGAGGAGGAGCCGACGGGGACAUUUGCCUUUUCCCCAGGGAAUGUGUCCAGCAGCCCCCAGUCAAAGCCCUGUUGGUAUAAGCUAUCUCUGGGGCGCUCUAGGGCCCCCUCCCUCAGCACCCCUCUGGGGAGAGUACGCACUGUAUUAACUCGCGAGGAUUUUCCUCACCAACAAUAAAUGGAGACCACCUCAGUUGCCAGUGCCCCGGAGCCUCGGGCGCUUUGCCCUCAGCCGGGUCCGCCUUCUUCCCUGCCUCCGCCAUGCCCCGUGGCCGGGCCGCUCUGGUCGCCCGGAAGAGGGCGACUGGGGCUGUCCACGGCCAGGGGCCUUGGCCUCCAGGGCCUGCCAGGGGGCAGGACUCCUCCUCUGCCGGGAGGGGCAGCUCCCGCCCCUGCACAGCCCCUGGUGGUCUCCUUCCAAACAUGCCCGUUGACCUGGAGCUGGUCACCAACCCCAAAGGCUUUCAGGGCCAGGCAGGUCACACACCUGACCAGGCUGGGUGUAACCUGAGGGGUGGCUCUGGCAGGCUGUCUUGUGUCUGGAGACUCAGGUAGCGGGGCCUGAGGUGAACUGGGGUGUCUGUGCCCUAACUCAAGGGGGAAGUUCUUCCUUCCUUAAGUCACUGUAGCCUGUGGGAAUGCGGGCCCAGUGUGGCCAGAGCUUUCCAUUUUUCAAAAGAAGCUAGAAAUCCAGAUUGUGUGUGUGAUUUGUAAGUGUUGGCAACUAAUCUGAAUUUAAAUCAAGGGUAGGCUGUGUUGUCACGGGUGGGCCCGAGGUGUCCUGGGCUUCUCCAGUCUGCUGCCUCGGAGCUACAUGAGGGGGCCUUGGAGGUGGAGGAGAGCUGUCCUCACCACGGUGUAGCCUCUGCCCUCAGGUUCUGGAGGGUAUGUGACGCAGGCUUCCCAUGGAAAUGGCCCUGAACCAGCCCUUGAUCUGGCCCCUUCCGCUUACCUGUUCGAGGCUGUGGGGCCAUGUUUGCUCUGCAGCCCCAAACUUGGGUCAUGUGGCCUGUAGGAUUACACGAAUCCCUCCAGGUGGGAGUGUUGGUUGAAUUUUCCAAACUGUUUUGAUGUAUGGGGAUGGGGAAGUGAGAGGCUCCUGGAGAGUGCAGGGCUCGUGGUUGCCAGAAGACACGGGGACUUGCGUGUGGUCCCGGGGCUGCCUCCCUAGCCCUCCGAGGCAGGGCCUCACCGGGGGCAGCGGAGCUGAGGCUGUGGUGCUGCCCAGCCUCCCAGGGCACAGGCUGGGGUUGGAGCUCCGAAGCCACGCUCUUUUGGUCUCUCUCUCUCCCACCUUUGUGUUUCUGUGGGCUGGGGGGUUCGUGGAAAGCCCGAGAACGAACUUUUAACCCCGAGUGGGCUCCUUGCCAGUUGAAUGACCUUAGUGACAGCGUCUUGGGGAGCCUCAGGUUUCACACAGGGAGAGCGAACCGUCAUCGGAGGGUUUUACUGAGAGAAUGAACCAAGUGAAAUUCAGCACGACACAGUGCCCGGCCGCGGGGUGUUCAAGAAGUGUUGGUUCUCAUUUCCACUUGAGAUCUGCAAACAGCUAAAACACAUCUGUGCUUGAAAAAUUCUAACUCCUUGAACAAAUAGUCUAUCCUUCUGAAAACAAAACAGUGUAUGCAAUGACCUACGUUAAAUGUGUCUUACUGGCCAAUUAAUCAUGUGGUUAAACAUUUGCCUAAGGCUGUAAGAAGUCAAAUAAGUAGGUCCUAAGGCAAGUAGGAAGGAAGGAAUCGUAUUCAUUCUGAAGUUCUGAAAACAUGUAGGACACACAGUGGGUGUUGGGGCGGGGGAGGAAGAGGCCCAUUGGAUGCCCUCGGACACACACCCAAAAUGGUGAGAUUGGGCCUUGCCUUCACUGUGUAUGGGCUUUUCCCCCGAGAAAAGACUAGAAGUCGUGUGUGUGAUGGUGUGUGUGUGUGGUGUGUGCGUGUCUGUGUCUGUGACUGUGGGUCUCAGCAGCUCAGCUGACCCAGGCUCCCUGGGCAGAGUCUUGAGGAGAACCAGCUCAUUCCCUGAGAAUGGCCCAUUUUCUAGGGUGCCGUGUGUGCCCAGGGUCCCCUGGGCCAGGACAGUGCUGCAUGACCAUUUGAUGUGACUGAAGGCCAGGGUAGGUGGGCUGACCGGGGGGUGACUCUGCUUGGCCAGGGGGUGGGCUCCAGUGGUCCAGGAUGAGCUACUCUGCCCCUGUCUCUGGAGACAGAUCAAGGGGUGGCAAGAGCCUUCCCAAGGUCCUCACUCCUCUUGCGGUCAAUGUCUUCCAUUUCCCGUAGCUUCUGCAAAAGGCAUUAGGGAAAGCUGGGGAUCAGGGAGGGGACUUGAGGAGCCGCUGCUGUGAAGCUAGAGUGGACUCCCAGACCUGGGCCGCAGCUGCCCUGUCCACUCAGUCUCCGCUGCGCACUCAUGGCCGACCCUCCCCCACCCCUUCCCUGUUGCUUCUCCUACCUGGGAGAUCUCAGCAAGGAUGAUCCCUCGGUACUGUCUGCCCUGCCCCAGUGCCUCCAUGCCAGCCAGGAAUUCUUUCCUCUCCUGGAUUUCCUUUACCACUAGACGGGGGGAGAAGGGCCGUCCGUGUACAGGGCAGUAGGGGGCCAGCAGGCUCCUGGGAUGGGUGGUGGGGGCAACAGGUUGCUUCUCGUGGGGAGAGGAAGCAGUUCUGUGGCCAGUGUUUCUCACUCUGGCCGCAGGUUGUGGGCCCCUCCACACCCCCCACCCCAGCAUAAGUGGCCCUUCAGUGGCUUACAUUCUUCAAAGCGGUCCGGCUCAGGGGCCGAGUCCUCCUGUUGCACCUGAGGGGGCUUUCUUUUCCGUUCCUCUGAGUCCUUCCCAGUGGCAAAAAUAUUUUGGAGUCUUCGCUUCUCCUUCUCCAGAUCUCCUGUAGGGCCCAGAAACGGCCUCAUUAAGGCAGGCAGGGCACCCCCUUCAUCGCACGCUUGCUCCAGGGCCCCUGGGCCACACGGAGCGGGCUUCCGCAAACCGGGCGCCUUCUACCCUGGGCACCCCGAGCUUGUGUCAAGACAGGCAGGAAGGGGAAGGGCUGGGGGAAUGGAAGUCAGAACCCACACGCGGCUCGGGUGCAGAGCGAGGCUAAGAAAACAUGACUGUCGUGAUGGCAGCCUGGGUACCGAGGCUGCAGGGAGCUGUCGGCGGGUCGGGGCCACGAGUCACAUCGGACGCCCAGUAGGGAGGGGGACAAAGGCUCCGUGGAGGAGGCUGGCAUGCAGAGGAGCUCUGGAUUGGAGCGACUGUGUGACCUUAAAAGAGCAGUGGCCGUGAGACCUGACAGCCAAACAAACGUUCCUCAGGGACGGGUGGACUCCAGUUAAUCAUUACUGAGUUCUAAACAAAAAAGGAUCACCUGACUGGUUUCCCCCAUACCCUGAACACCCCAAGCUAACAAGUGCCAAGGUUCAAGCACAUGAGUAUACACAGCAUGAGAAUUCACUGGCCCCCUCGGGGAGGGAGGGGGAAUCGGGGCUCUCGAGGCCCUCUCACUUACGGGGGGCUUGAGGCCUGAAUGGUUCCCGGCUGUAGGCCCCGCGGGCUUGGCACAAGCUGGCAGGCCGGAGGUGGGGCCGGGCCGCCAGGAUGGGAGGCAGGUAGAUGUCUGAGGCUGGCUGUUUGGAAGGCAAGACCCUCUGGCUGGAUGUUGGGCUGCACCGUAGGGGCAGAGUGUCUCCUCCUGGGGCAGGAAGGUUCGGGUGAGGCGCGGUUGGGGGUGGGAAGCCACCUGGGUUGUGUUGUGUUUUGUUAAUUUAUAAGUGAUACUGCCUUGCUACAACAAGUCAAAGAGUAUAGAAGUCUUCCCUUCUGCCCUCUGAUCCCCCACCCCCACCCCCACCCCACAACGAGCAAUUGGUAGAAUUUGGUGGUCUUGUUCCAGACUCUCUGAUGUUAAUACAAACAUGUUCAAAGAUAUAUGUGCGUAUAUGACCUUCGUGUUUCAAACACUGGAUCAUACUGUAUUAUAUUCAGUAAUAGACCCUUCACUUAACAAUUUAUCAUGGACAACCUUCCAGAUCACUCCAUUUAUAUAUAACUUAUUUUUUAUAGCUAUAUACUAGUUCUUAGAAUGGACACAUUAUUUAUUUUAUUCAACUAGUCUCCUAAUCUCAGAAAUUCAAGCUGUUUCCUUCUUUUUUUUACUACUUCAAACAAUGCUGCAAUAAACAUUCUUGUG